GUUGCGUGUAUAUUACAAGCGAGCGAAAGCUCUGUGUAAGCUGAUGUGAACAAUUUUUUAAUUAAUUUAGUGUUUCUUCAUGCUUAGAUGUGUGAUUAUUAUUAUCUAUUUCAUAUCUGUUUAUAAAUAAAAUAAUAGAUAAAAAAUUAAACAAAAUUUUAUUGUUAUAUUACAUAGACCUAUAUAGAUUAUAUUAAAAUGUUAAUUGUCACUCUACAUUAAACUGUCAAUGUCGUUUUUUCUCGUUUCUUCCAAUCCUUGCAAUUUAGGUGACGUCAUCAGUUUAUGUUUCUGUAGCGAGUGUUGAUUUAAUAAAAUUACGAAACGACACAUUGAUACACUGUAGACUUAAUAUUCUACAGUUGAAAAUUAUAGACAUUUUUAUUUAUUUAUCGGAUUUAAUUGUGUACAUUUGUACCUUUGAUUGAUCACAUAACUCAUAACCUUUUUACAUGGACUGGUACGUGUGCAAGACGUUACGUAUUUUGGCGGCAUCUUAGUCACAUAAAUAGAUUUCCUUGUGCAAUAAAAAAAUCUGGUGAACUCAUUUUUAUUCGCGCAAUUAUUACUUAUACUUAUUUAAAUAAGAACAAAAAGACUGGUAUAGUGACAGUUAUUUAUGAUGUUUAAACGGUGAUAAGUGAUAACGGACAUUUCAAUUGCCGAAAUAAUGGAGAAUCUGGCCGUUAACGAAUUACGGUCAAGGUCUCGUUCGAAGACACCCUUCUUGCGUUCAACAUGUGAUGGAGAGAACUGCACAGAAGGUGAUGACCACACUCAUCACAAGGCAGGCAGAAAAACACCGGUGAAGAGUAGACACACCCCUGUGAAACAACUUGGCCCACCAACAGUUACAGAAACAGUGGAGACUAUUAGGGAAGUGACUGAAGAAUAUAGUUCACCACCAGCACAUCGCACUAGGCAAUCAACUAAGAAUACAACCGACCGUCUGGUAAAAACCUCAGAUUAUUCUUCCGAAGAAAGCUUGGACCGACUUAAGGGCCACAGGAAGGAAAUAUUUCAGAACGAGAUCAAUAGUCAAUAUGAACGGGUGUCAACAAGUUCGCAGCGGUACAGUACCUUCGCUGACGUCACGCUCAGCCCGGUACACGCGGCGUACAGUGCCUCAUUAGAUAGGUCAUCCCGCAUCGGCAGCCCGACUUACAGCGUAUGCUCAACGGACAGCUCGUUUGCGGAGCAAGCUCUAGCCGACACUAGCACUCUGCUAGACCGGGAUCCCAACGGCGAGCAUUUGCCGUCCAGACUUUACAAGAUGGCCGGCGAGUAUUGGAACAAAUACCCCAAAACGGACUACACGUACUCGCCUUUGUCGAAGGACCGCGUGGAGCUCGCUCCGGGACAGGUGGCCAUGCCGAAUAUGUCCCGGCGGUCGCUCUCCCAGUUCCGCAUACAGGGACCGAACACCAGCCCCGACGAGGUGGACCGGCUGUCCGCUACGAGCGCGUGGACAGCCACCACGGUCAGGAAACGAUAUACCGCUAUCGACAGCUCGGACGACGAAACCGGCUACAUUCAAAACAAGGGUGCCGUGGUGGCACACGACGAGCGAUGGUGGAUCACUAGUUUGUUCGUCUCCAUCAUCAGCGGCAUCGCGUCGGGCACCCGCGGCGCGUACAGGCGGCUCGUCGGCCCCGCGCACCGGUACCCCUACACCGACCGAAGGCCGACACCGCAAGCGGGAUUAGUAUCAAGAGCGGGCUCGGCGGCGCUGGCUCCAUUCUACUGGAUCUACACUACCGUUAAGAAUGUCGUCACCACAACUGUUACCACUAUCACGGAAUCUGUAUCGUCGAACCAUGCCAAUGAAAGCGAAAAGUACGUCGCUCGGAGAUACAAGGAGAAGACGGCGAAGGAGGCGGAUGUCGGGAGACGCUGGUGGCCGUGGCUGCUGCUACUGCUCCUUCCGGUCGUCGCGUACGGAUGUUACAACUAUUCAGAUUUUAUAAUUCAAGAGAAACAUAUCCUUGAUGAAGCGUACUCCUCCCCGCGAAUAUCUCAGGAUUCUGAUCUGGCCGAUCGGAUGAGAGCUUUAGAAGCUUGGGCGUUAAGCGUCGACAGCCGCCUCAAACUUUUCGAUCAAAAGCUGUCGAAAUUGGACAACAUCGAAUCUCAAAUAGAGCAGUAUUCGCUGAUGCAUCUGCAACAAAACCUAAUGCAGAUCUUAACGAGAGACAAUACGGACGCUCUAGCUUUGAAAUUGAAAGCGUAUUUUGAUCAGAAUUACGUCACACCUGAGCAAUUGCGAGAGGCCAGUCGGGUACUAAAUGAACGUUUGGCCAACAUUGGUCAAGCUGAGUUGGACGAAGAUCGAAUAAAAGAGAUGGUCCAAGAAUAUUUGGCGUUGUUUGAACGUCGUCAGUUGGAGGUUAUCGUGCAGAAGGUGGAGGAACACGUAAAGGAUGUCGAGGUGCAGCGAACCGGGUCCGGAGUGGAUAUGGAGGCGGUGAGGACGCUCGUCGCCGGGAUGCUGGAAGUGUAUGAUGCUGAUAAAACUGGACUCGUGGACUACGCUUUGGAGAGUGCCGGGGGCCAAGUGCUGUCGACGCGGUGCACUGAGCUGUACCAGAUAAAGUCGAAGCAGUACUGGGUGUUGGGCGUGCCGGUGCUGUGGGUGCACACGUCGCCGCGGAACGCGCUCACGGCGGGCGCCGCGCCGGCCGACUGCUGGGCCUUCCAGGGCUUCCCCGGCUACCUGGUCAUAAAGACGUACGCGAUAAUAGAAGUGACCGGGUUCUCGUUGGAGCACAUGUCCAAGUUACUCGCCAUCGACGGAAAGAUUGAAUCAGCUCCCAAGAACUUCUCAGUAUACGGUCUCCACGGCGAACUGGAUCCGGAGCCACACCUAUUCGGCGAUUACAUGUACGACGCCGACGGAAAAUCAAUACAAUAUUUCCCGGUGAAGCAUCCGAAGACGACCAACAUUGACGGCAUAGAGUAUCCCGUCGCUUACGACAUCGUGGAACUUCGCAUCGAGAGCAACCAUGGCAACCCCACGUACACCUGCGUGUACAGGUUCCGCGUGCACGGCAACCCGCUCGCCGACGUGCGACGCGCGGCGGAGGACAGUAUGCACGACAGUCAGCUGUAGCAAAGACGUCCAGAAACGUACGUCCCAUGUAUGAUAUUAAGCAGAGGAAUCUAAAUCGAAUAUGUGCGAGCGAAUAUUGUGUUCAAUCCGGGUCAUUCCUAGUUCAAUAGUGUGUAGGUGUUAAUAGAAGUGCCCUUAAUUCGUUUUUUUUUUUUUAAAUGAAAGGUGACUUUUUUAAGUGAACAGUACUACUGGAUAUUUUAUUAUACUGUUUAUUUCCAAAGACAUUUAUUUUUUGUAAAAUAAAAAAAAGAACAAUAAAUUAUGUACAAAAUUAUAAAAAUCGCACAAUCUUUUAUCUGUGUACGCUUAUUGGUUUUUUUCUUUUUAUUUAUAUCUAUUUGUAUCGUUACGUGUAUUUUAAAUCUUAAUUAAGGGUUUUAAUUUUUUAGCUAUACAUUGUAAGCCGAAAAUUCAUUUUCAAUAAAAUGAGAUGUUUCAUUCAUCUAUUGACAAAGACUACAAUAUAACAUUUUAUCUCGGGUUAGUUUUCGAUUUAAUUAAAAUAUGAUUAAUUACAUAAAACGUAAAAAGCGACUACAGCAGCUUUCACAAUUGUUUUAAAGAAUAUAUUUAAGUAACAUUAAUAAUAAAUAUCACAUGUUAUAAAAUUAAGAUCGGACUAUGAAUUUAAUUUAAAAAAUUGUAGUUUUAGUAAAGGAACUAGUCCAUUUAGAAGGAUAAAUGCCAAUUAUAUAUAUUGUUUAAGGUUUUUAUUUUAUUGUCUCAAAUAUUUUAACUAAGUUAAUAGACGCACAGCCCUGUUCACUUUGACGAUCUUGUUUAGUUCAAUAAUAAUGUUUUAAAAAACUUACUCUGUAAACUUAACCUUGAAAAUCUCGACGAUUUUAAGUCAGGCAAAGAUGAAACAUGAAAGUUUUUCAAUCGCAUUCGGUUCUAUUUCGUUGUAGAUUUUGGCAGAACAAGAAAGAAAAAAAAACGACCAUUUUAGGAUAAGAAUUAUUUAUGUGAAAAGAAAUCACAGACCAAGUCUAGACCGUUUUAACUACAAAAAUAUCCAACUUUCCGCUUCUAUGCAUAACGUUGCGAAAUAUAUUACUAUAUAAUAUAUUAGCGUGUCUCCAUAUUUAUGAAAUUACAAAACUUCUUUUUCGUCUAAAUAAAGACGCCAUGCAAUAUUGGGACACUGAGAAAAUCAAUUAAAAAUGUAUGCAGUUCUCUCCAUGCCUGGGUCAAUUAUUAAAACAAAAUUAAGUAAGAAUUUUAAAUGACUGUCCUACAACAUCAUUCAAAAACACUCUAUUUAAAAAUAUAUAUUAUAAAUCAAGAAAGGAAGUGGUGUUGUUAAGUACACUUAAAAUUUAAUUAAGAUUUUUUUGUACAAGGUAGCUUGGUUAAGUCUAUCAUUGCGCAGUUAUAUCACUCUAUACAUCUUUUGAAAUCGUGUUUAAUGUAUAUUCACAAACCAAUAGAUAUUAUUUUCUGAUAUUUUUUUAAGUUCAAUAUUAAGAAUAGCACUUUUUCACUCGAGGCACACUUAGAUCUGUUGUGGGACUAAUUGAAUUGAAACUUAUUUUUUUAUUUUAGUUUGUUUACUGUAAAUACAGACACAAUAAAACGUUAAGUUAACAAUAUGUGGAACAUGGAACAAAUUAAGAUUAAGUAAACUAAAAUUCGAAUAAAUCUAAGAUUAUAGUACACCGAAACAAGGGUUGGCUUAGUAUCAGUAUAUUAUUAUUACACGGGAAUCACGCAGUUUUCAUGAGUCCAAGUGUACCGUACACUUGCAGAGAGUCGAUCUUGAAGGUUCCUCGUAUCAAAGCAAGAGCAUAUUCGAAUUGCCGAGCCACCAUAAUUCCAAAAACUUACAAUGAGUAUCCCUAAAGCAGAUAACGAUAAAGAUUUAAACACAACUGAAGUCGAAGACGUUAAUGAUAUUUUAGGCAUAAGAGGUACCUUAAAAUGGCAGUGACUGAUUUCUGUGAACCCUCAAGUACAUCCUGCCGACCGAAUUUGUAAGUUAGUUAACACAGAAAUAAUUUAGUAUACUACAGUGUGCUUAGUGCGAGUUUUUUAACGAUCUGGAUAGCGUAAAUGUUAGCUCUUAUUUGUAUGGAAUGGAAUCGUUUGCGUACGUUUGCCGCUAGGGGCGCUGUUCCAAUUGCAUACAAAAUUGGGUUAACUUUUACGCUAUCGAGAACGUUAAAAAACUCGCACUAAGCACACUGAGAAUUUUAUAUUUCGGAUAACAAAAAUGGGGUCAAUGGAACCCAAUCUGAUGACCUAGGAAAAAAUAAUCACAUUUUUACACAAAGUACAUUAAAUACUAACCAAAUAAAUUUGUUAAAACUAUAUUUUAGAUGUGUUUUAAUAAAAUAAAAUAAACAUUGAAAUUAGAGUACAGUUUAUCUAGAUUCUAGAAUACGCUCAUAAAAUACAUUGUCACUAGAGAAUCGAAACAGAAUGCAGUUUUGUGUAUAAUAAUCAUGUUGUUAAUUUUAUUUGACAGAGAAUGUGCUUGAAUUUUGUGUUUUAAGUGUUUUAGUCUAAGAAAUUAACAUUUUAUGGAGUUACCACUAUCAAUAGUUUUUUUUUUUUCUUUCAUAAGUUACAUUUUAUGCAGAAUAUUUUUUACACGUUGCAAUAUUUACCGAGAUAUGAAAUAUUACUAUGCAUUGUUGCAACUGUAAUUCACUAAAUAUCAAAUUCAGUAAGUCAGUUCAAUGUAUGUAUAGCACUCAGAGCAUGUCUGCUGAUAUGUACUUUGGAUUGUUAAAAAAAACAUUACAGUACAUUUAACUAUGUUUGUUCACCAAAUGUUCACUAAGUUUUAUAAAUUGUAAAAUAUUUAAAAGAAAGAUUUUUUAAAUUACGUAACAUCGAAAAAAUUUUGUAAAUAGCAAUUUUUAACUUAUUUUAAAUGCUGCUUUUUCUUUUAUAUUCAUUUUGUGAUGUUUGAAAUAAAAUUGUAAACAUAAUAUUGUCUUUGAUUUUUGUAAAACUCAAUUCAUUAUUUAAAACACGAAUGUAGGUACCUAUUCUGUAUUCCUGCAGUUUAAAAACAAAGAUAUUCUUUUAAAGUUAAGAGAUAAUAGGCUAUUUUAGGAAACAAUCCAUGUACAUGGUACAGGUAUAAGUUAAAACGCAUAUGUAUGGGAUGUACGGAAACCGGAUGGCGUCCAAAAACACUGAUUCUAAAUCUGUGACACUGCUACCUACACAUAUUGGUUAAGAAACAUAAAAAUAUCAAGUGAAUAUGUAUGUAAUGCCAAGCAUUUACAGCAAUUUACACAAGAACACGGUCGUUCAGUAUAGGAGACUAAGUACCUACCUAUCUGAAUUUGUCCUAACAGCAACAGUGUAGUGCAUACCCUAGAUGCCUUCAGUCACCAUAACGGUUAUACUUUAGAGUAGGUAGGUAUGUACCUAUAUAUCAAGUAACAGAAGUCUGCUCAAGAAACGGCACUUUUUAUUAUUACCUAUAUACCUAGGUAGUCAGUAAAAUGAAACCACUCGUCGAGUUCGAUCACCCGUAUUGCAUCCAAGUGGAAUUAUGGUCGAUCGUAAUUCUUGGCAUAUUUGGUUUUUUUUUUAUUGCCCCUGUAGGCAAACGAGCAUACGGCCCACCUGAUGGUGACCACUCACCCAUGGACUUCAGCAAUGCCAGGGGCAGAGCAAAGCCGCUGCCUACACUGGGUGUCUUAUGUACCUGGUUUUAACAAAAUAGUUGUAGGUAUUAAUUACGGACCAGAUUUUGUUUGACCAGUACUAAGCAAAUAUUAAUCGGUAUGCAGGUUUGUGGUCACACUGCGUCAUAAGGCUCGGGAAGUUUAGAAAAAAAAGACAGGUAUAAUUUUUCGGACUUUUUUUUGUAUUUUUUUUUAAAUUUGUUUUUUAUAAUUUAUAAAUGACCUAGUAAGAAAGUAGUCUUAUCCGUUUCAGCACAUACAAUCAUCAUUCAUGAGAUUACAAAAAAUCCUUUGGCGAGUGCAGUACCGGGCCGGCGGUCGAGGCGCGCCCGCGGCGCCGCGCUCCGUCCUGCCGUCACUAUUACGUUAAUUACAAUAAUAUCUUACGUACAAUUAAAUUAACGGAGAUUACAAGCCUGAAUUGAGCAGCCGGCCGCGGGCUGCUGGAGGCAGCGACGCGCGGUGCGUUUAGAAGCACUUCCUGUGUACAAUGGAGGGGCCAGACUCGUCGUACUCUUGUUUCGAGAUCCACAUUUGUUGGAAGGUAGAGAGGGAGGCGAGGAUCGAUCCACCGAUCCAUACGGAGUACUUCCUCUCUGGAGGAGCAAUGAUCUUUAUCUUCAUUGUCGAUGGGGCGAGAGCUGUGAUUUCCUUUUGCAUACGGUCGGCGAUUCCAGGGUACAUGGUGGUACCACCGGACAAUACGGUGUUGGCGUACAAGUCCUUACGGAUGUCCACGUCGCACUUCAUGAUGGAGUUAUAUGUUGUCUCGUGGAUGCCGCAAGCUUCCAUACCCAAGAACGAGGGUUGGAAGAGAGCCUCUGGGCAACGGAAUCUUUCGUUUCCGAUGGUGAUGACCUGACCGUCGGGAAGUUCGUAAGACUUCUCGAGGGAGCUGCUGGAUGCAGCGGUGGCCAUCUCCUGCUCGAAGUCAAGAGCGACGUAGCACAGCUUCUCCUUGAUGUCACGCACGAUUUCCCGCUCGGCGGUGGUAGUGAACGAGUAGCCGCGCUCGGUGAGGAUCUUCAUGAGGUAGUCUGUGAGGUCGCGACCGGCUAAGUCCAGACGCAGGAUGGCGUGGGGGAGUGCGUAUCCCUCGUAGAUGGGCACGGUGUGGGAGACACCGUCGCCGGAGUCCAGCACGAUACCGGUGGUACGACCGGACGCGUACAGCGAGAGCACGGCUUGGAUGGCGACGUACAUGGCGGGCGUGUUGAAUGUUUCGAACAUGAUCUGGGUCAUCUUCUCUCUG